GCCAAAGCUGAAGCCGCCGCAGCUGAAGAGCAGGAACAAGGUGCUGUUAUGUGAAGGAAAGUUGUUCCAGUACUACGUACUAGUUACUACAACUGAAGAGAGAACUAGGACUACUAGUUACUACUGAACAAGAGAGAACUAGUCCUACCACUAGUCAUAGAUAAGUAUAGACCCAGCAGGUAACAAAAAGACAAAUCUUGUAGGGAAAUCAGGACUCCUGAAUGAGUAAUGGCUCCGUUGCUCUCCUUUCAGUAUGAUUUCGUUUGUUUUAAGUAACUAUGAGUAUUACUUUCUUGCUUAUGAUUUCAGUUUAAAUUUAGAAUAGCUGAAUUAAUACUGGUGAGGGUGGUCCUUCAUCUUCUUCAUACUUCAUGUAGAGGAAUGUUGUAUUUAAUCCAUUCAACUUUGUAGUACAUCAAAAAAAAUAGAAGUAGAUACAAUCUCUUGUGCUAGACGAAGCAAUGUAGUUGAUUGACUUAUCUGAUAACUCAAUGAGGCAUGAUUGACCCAGAUCGAUCCCUUUCCUACAUUGUAAGUAGUGAUAGGGAUGUGUUGCCUCAUCUGUUUUAUUUAGAAGUCUUGGUGAUUCUAUUUGUGGAAAUAAUUUGAAUUUGAUGCUUUCAAAGAACAAAAGACUAGAUGACCGGCCUAAACCACUUUCUUCACCAGCGACUCUUCUGAAAGGAGAAGUUCCAAGUACAAUAUUUAUGAAUGUUUCUAAUAUCGGUGGCGUGAAAGGGAAAGUAGCGCAAUAUAUGUCGAUCAUCGAGAAAAAGGUGGCUUCCAUCGGAGGCAUCAUGGCCUCAGAGCCGCUCACAAUGAAACACGUGAUCGACCCAACGGACCACGCUGCACGCAUUACUCUAGAC